CCGGAGACGGUUGUGAUGGCACAUGCUGAUGAACAUCUUUCCAGUGCUGCGAGGAGUGGCCAGACUACAAGAGGAACUCAGGACUGUUCGGGCUCAAUAUCAGGACCUGACAGAUGAGUACCAGAUCUUGCAGGAAAGCAACACCAUCAUGGUCCAUCAGCUGGAGAGACUGGAGGCCAUAAAGUACAGGACCAGAACCAAGUCAGACGACUCGCAGUCUUUUGACUCAGACUCAGAUUCAGACCUGGACACCGUUAACCCUCACAUCCGCCGGGUCUCCAUAGCCCGGAGGAACACCCUGCAGUCGGGUGGCAGUGUCUCCUUCAAAUCAGUGGAGAUCAUGGGUGUGGGCAGUGAGUAUGACGACGACAAGAUGGAGAAGCUAGAGGAAGAGAGCGAAUAUGACCUGCAAUGCCAGCUGGAGAAGGAGGAGAAGAAAGUGGAGCUGGUUCAGGCGCAACAUGAUCCACCUCAAGACAGUCUGUACGUAAGGGAGAUCAAGUCCCAGGCCAGCCACACAGACAGGAAGAGUAGAGUAAAAGAAAAAAAGAAAAAAGAUGUCAUCGAAGAAAGGGAGGAAGAUGAAAAUAAGUGUGACCAAGCCCAGCACAGUCUGCGUGAAUUGGAGGGCAAGUGCCAGCUCAGCCAGACUGAGUGGGAGCAGUUGCAUGAGGAGCUUCGGUUGUGCAAAGAGGAGAUCGAGCGGCUCAAUGGCACCAUCCCCAUUGGCGGACGGGUCCCAGCCGGAGGGAUGAAACCUUUUGCCCUGUUUGUCGUGGUGGCCGGGGCCUUGUUCCUGUACCCCUGCCUGAAGAGAUGCAGCCACGGUUGGAUGGCGACCUGAGGGGGAGCCUCUGUGUCCCCUUCCCCUCACAGAGAGGACCACACAUGCCACACGCCCUCCCCACACACCCUUCCCUGUUGUGCAAACUGAGCACUUUCUCUCUCCCCACCCUGCACCCCAGCCUGCAUUGUGGAGGCUGGAGUCUAGGGAACCAGUCCCCUUGACCUUUAGAGGGUCCAUCAUGGAUCUCAGCCUCCACGCUGGACAGUACCCUCUGUCUCUUUUUAUCUCCUGUAGCAAAAACCCGCACCCUCUCCUUACCUUUCUUUGGGCUUUCACUGAGCCUCAUAUGCAGGAGACAGGGUGGGGUGAAAGGAUGAGGUGGCAUUUAGGUUGUACAAUGGGGCUUCCAGCCUGAUCCUGGCUCCCUACCCCUUUUGCUCAUAGGAAACCAGAGAAGGGAAGAACACUCCUUCCUCUAGUUGCUCCUUUAGUGCUCCAAGCUGCCAUGUUGCACCCAGUCUGGAUGUGCUGGGAAAGGUUGGGUCAGGACCGAGGAAGGAAGAGAGGUGAGAGUUUGGAACCGAGCCCCCUUCUGAGGUUCAGAAGGGAUGCUCAUGCUCAGGAAAGAGCAGAAAGCCACGGCCCCUUGACCCCUGCAUCUUCUUUUCCCUCCCCGGAGACCAUUCCAUGCCACUCCUUUUGGGUCAGCCCAAAGGGGGCGAUCGGGAGCAAUACCUGUUUCACAGCACUACCCUUGCAGGACGCUGAUUCUUUCCAUCCACAGCAGUAAAACACUGGCAAUAAUGCAGGGGAUCAACCAGCAUACGGGGCCAAGGAAAAUCCAUGAUGAUUUCUCUUCUCUUUUUUGGCAAUAUUUAAGGCCUGUUUUAACACUGUGAAUGGGACCCAUGCGAGCAAACCUGGGAUGCUCCAAAGUGGCCAAAGGCAAACAGAGCUAUGCGUGUACCUUGCUUUAUCUAGCCUACUUCCUCUCAAAAGUAACUUCCAGAUAGUUCCAUCUUUCCCAGGAACAGGCCGCUGCCUCUCCCAAGCCCCUGAAUCUAUGCAUCGUGCCCUCAUGUCAUCUUCCCAUCUCUUGUCUGGCUAUCCUGCCUCCCCAACUUGCUCCUAGCCUUAGGAAAUACUCGUAGGUCAGUGCAUAUGUGUGUGUGAACGUGGUCUUUGCAACUUCAAGGCUGGCAGGGCAGUGUGGGACUGCUAGAGAGAUAUAGUUGGGUUUGGGGAGAGUUGUAUCGUGAAGACCCGCUUGGGGAGUCAUGGUAGUCACCGUUUGAGUUCCUUUCCAGCGAUUGAUUCCUCCCAGCCCACCAAUCGCAAUGGGGAAGGAGAGUGACAGCUUUUUGGACCAUGAUGGCAUAGCCUCUGGGAUCCCGUGGGCAUGAGAUCUUAGCCCUGCAUGAUUUAUUUGUGCCUGUGUGUGUCUGUCCGAGGGUGCUUGCUCCAUCACUGAGCAGUCUGCUCCCACCUUUUUCUGUCUCUUCCCUCAAACUCUGCUCCCUGUUUCCAUCUGAAAUGGGGCAGAUCACUUUUAAGAAAAGAAUCUUUAAAAAAAAAAAAGAUACCGGAGACUCUCUGUGGAUCUUUGUCUUUGUUCUAUGUUGUAGCUCAGUAAAAAAGAAAAGAAAAUAUCUUUAUAAAUA